CACCCUUUGGACUCUGGAGUCUCUGAAGGACUAUUUAUUACUCAGCUGGAUGUUCUGGAUUCAGGCGUGGAUCUAGCUAGGUAUCUGUUCCAGUCCAAGCAAUGGGGAUAGUGAUGCUCCUCCGGGCCCUGGCUCUGCUCUCAAUCGCAGCUUCAGAGACUCUCAACCUGCACUAUGUGGUAGUGAUUCCAGCCAUCAUUCACCAUCCCAGCCAAGAGAAGUUCUGCAUCCACGUCAGCUCUCUCCCUGAGACUGUCCACCUGGCAAUCACCCUGGAGAUGACAAUCCGGAAUCACACCCUGGUGGAGAAAGACGUGGAGAAGCCAGGCAUCUUUGAGUGCAUCAGCUUUCAGGUGAACCCAGGAGCUGUGGCUGCUGCAGUUGACAGCACUCUCACCUUCAAGUCCAACAUGAACCUAACAACCCUUCCUGCUGUGGGUGUAUUGGUUGUACUCUGCGCUACUGCAUGUGACAGUCCCUGCAGUGUGCUCUGUCUACACAGGUGCAAUCCCCUACCCAACAUCUCCCGGCAGAACCCCCUGCAGUCAAACAGGUUGGAAAACAUGUCCAUUGCCUGAGCCAAGACUUACUCCAUGGUUGCAUUUCAGGACUUUAAAUCAUUCUUAAUUCCAGCCAGUGGCUAGAUGUGAAACCAAGGCAAAGGAUUGUGGAUUUGUCCUUCCCAUUGGCCUCUGAAGUAGCUCAGGGGACAUAUGCCAUCAGACUGGAUGAAGAGGAAAUUACAGAUGACACACUAGGACUAUUCACAGUGGAGGAAUAUGGUACACCUAUGGCAAGCCUGUCCAGGGGGAAUUAGAGGUCAAUCUGACUCGUGUUGUAGAUCCUUUUGCAGAAACGGAAAACACAACACUCUCUCCCAUCAGCAAGGAGUUUAAGAGACAGUCCACCUCAACAUCUACAGACAGACAAGAGUGGUUGUUCCACUUUUACAGUGGAUACAGUGGAUCUAGCACUGGCCAACCCUGGCUACCAGAAAUUGUUGGCAAUUUCAUUCAAGCUGCAAGAAGAAGCAACAGGAGCCACAAUCUGGGAAAAUGCCAACACCCGCAUCACUUUGGAGGAAGUACUUAUGGAAUUUGUUGAUUUCAAUCCAUUCUACAAACCUGGAUUCCCAUAUACAGGCAAGAUGCAUUGUAGCAUCGAUGAAUCUCCCCUCCAGAACAAAACUGUUUACCUGACUGUGGACGUCAAUGAUGUGGAGACCCUUUGGUCAUAUGUCACAGAUGAGAACGGUGAUGCCUAUUUCAUACUAAACACAACCCACUGGAAUGACACUCUGGUUUCUCUGAGGGGCAGGUAUGCCAUCAGGAACUUCACCCAGGAGGACAGCUCUGAGGCUGCUAUGGGGUUCCAUGAUGCUUUCAACUGGCUGAGACCCUUCUACUCCGAGAGCAGCAGUUUUCUGGAGAUCCAUUAUGUGAAAGAGGAGCUGCCCUGUGGCCAGGAGCAUGAGGUGCAGGCGGAAUACAUCCUUGACCAGAGCAAGCUGGGCCCUGGGGCCAAUCACGUGGAUUUCUAUUUCUUUGUCGUAUCAAGAGGUAGGAUUGUCUUCAAUGGACAGAAGCAGGUGCCAGUUGGCCAGGAUGAAACACUGAAGGGAUCCUUCUCCUUGACCCUGCCCAUCAGCAUUGACUUGGCACCCUCCUCCCACCUUCUUGUUUAUGCCAUAUUUGAAGAUGGAGAGGUGACAGCAGACAUGGAAACUUUCACAGUUCAGAAGUGCUUCAGAAAUAAGGUGUCACUGUCAUUCUCCCAAGAGGAGGAACUCCCAGGCUCAAAAGUUGGUUUGCACCUGCAGGCCACUCCGGGCUCCCUGUGCUCUGUCCAGGCCGUGGACAAGAGUGUUCUGCUGAAGAAAGACAGCCUCCUGACAGCAGAUGUUGUGCAUGACAAGUCCUACACCCCGACAUAUUUGAUUUCAGGGCGAGGAUUCCCUUAUCACCUGGAGGACUUCGAGCUGUACCCCUGCCUGCCUCCUGUCACUCCUCAUCCCCCUACCCUUUGGAACAGACACCCCUUAAUGGGGGCCCCCUGGUAUCAAAGUGAAGCAGAUGUGUAUAGUCUCUUUAAGCAAUUGCGAAUGAAACUAUUCACCAACACCAAAGUCAAGAAACCCAUAUCCUGUACAAGACCGACCUUCACAAGAAGAAUACACACGGGUGAAGAGCAUAGUUAUAUCAAUGCUUUCAUGCCCGGUCCUCAAUCAGUAGCAUCAGGCCACAAGAAGAAAGAGAAGACAAAACCAAGGAAACACUUCCCAGAGAUCUGGAUUUGGGAUCUGGUCCCCAUUGGUGAAGAGGGGGAAACCUCUCUUGAAGUCAUCAUCCCAGACAGCAUUACAGAGUGGAGAGUCAGCUCGUUCUGCCUUGCGGAUGUUGGCCAUGAAACUGGUGUGAAUCUCACUGUGAGCUCCCAGGCAGAAAGUGCACAUGACCUGUGUGACAACAAGAUUGCUGUGACACCUGUGCGAGGAGAUACAGACACUGUGAUCAAAUCACUGCUUGUCAAGGACAGUCUGGGCUCUGAGGGCAACAGGAGGCCUUGGCUUGACCCAUUGGGUUCAAAAAGAGAGAAAGGCUGGAGGGCUGGGGGAGGGAAGCAAGGGGCAGAUUAG